GCGUUUCAUUGAUUCAUCCCUCUCUUGCCCAUUUUAAUAAAUCUAUAAUUAAUUCAGUUUUUCCCUUGGACAUCUCCGUAUUUAAACGGUUUCUGCCUUAUUCAAUCUUUAUGUUCUCUGCAUUCUGCAUACAUUAACGCUUUCAAUCGCCUCAAUGGCCAAUUCUUUUCGAUUGAAAUCCUAAAAUCUCUCUUAGCCCAAGUUAUCGCCCUCGAUUCUCGAUGCAUCUAUAAAUAUAGUCGUGUUGCACCGCCCGUAGCCGAGGGAUUCGCCACUGAGCCGCGGGAUUAUCGACGUGUUGCCUUCCAUUGGACACUAACCAGAAACGCGAGAAGUGGCCAAUGUCAAUGCCGUGGCCUUGGGGAAAGGGGAAAGGUGGGGCAGGUGGAACGGGUAACGGUAAUGGGCAAAUGCAAAUUCAGAAACCGAAACAGAAUCGGAUGAAAGUGGAACAGGGAACAGGAUGGCGGGGAAGCACUACAAAAUAAUCCAACAGUCGCCGCGAGAGAGAACCACUUCCCAUUUCUUCCGGCCACAGAGAGAGGUGCCAUGGCGAUGAUUAAAUCAGUUAAGAGCCAUUGGCCAUUGCAGCCAGUUGUUCUCUGCCCGGGGCCAAGUCCCCCUGGCCAACGCAGCCACCUCCCCAAAAACAUUCCCUUCCGCUUUCCGCCUUCGGCUGUUGCGCUUUUUCUGUUUUGCUCUCGGCGUUUAUUUCGGCCCUCUUUUCCUGGCCAAAUGAUUUAAUUUCAUGCAUUUCGCUUUGCGGCAAUGGCGAUGCUUAUUAGUUGCAAUUUGCCAGCUGCGGCCAAAGUUUGCUCUUGCCCAAAAACCAACAGCAAGCCCAUAAAACCAAACCAAAUACUUUUAAUAAUUGCUGUCCUAAGAAGUUUACGGAAUGGGUAAAAAUAAAGGAGGAGGCGGCGGAGGAGGAGGAGGUGGAGGAGGGGGUGGAGGAGGCGGCGGCGGCAAUAAAAAGGGCGGCGGUGGUGGAGGAGGCGGAGGCGGAUCCGGAAAUAAAAACAAAGGAGACGGCGGCGGUGGUGACAAAGGUGGAGCCAAGAAAGGACAAGACCAAAAGGCAGCCGCAGGCGGUGGCAAGAAAGGAGGCAAGAAAUAGCAACGGUGGCAACAUCAAAGCGCAUUAAAAAUUACAAAUUUAGAGUUAAGUUGAAAUUAAAAGUGAUAUCAGGGAAUAUGUAUCUAUAAUGUA